UAUUGGAAAAAGGAAGGAGAAAGAACAAGCAGUUCAGUAACUUAGAAGCAGGAAAAUUCAAAGAAAGUCUCAAAAACCAGCACUUCCAGUGGCAAAGAUCACCAUGACCGAGACAUGGCUGAGGAAGCAUCGUUUAUUGUACGUUGGAGCCACUAGACACUCUUUAAUCCACGCCAUUCGAGAUGGGAACAUCGAUAUUUCCGCCUUCAAAACAUGGCUGGGGCAAGAUUACAUAUUUGUUAGAGCUUUUGUGCCGUUUAUAGCGAGUGUGUUGAUUAAAGCUUGGAAAGAAUCAAAUGAUCGUGAUAAUGAUGUUGAAGUGAUACUAGGUGGUGUGUCUGCUUUAAAUGAUGAGAUUUCUUGGUUCAAGAAAGAAGCUUCUAAGUGGGGUGUUCAGCUCUCAAAUAUUGUUCCUCAGAAAGCUAAUCAAGAAUACUGCAGAUUUCUCGAGAGCUUAACAAGCCCAGAAGUCGAAUACACCGUUGCAAUCGUUGCAUUUUGGGCGAUCGAAACCGUCUAUCAAGAGAGUUUCGCGCACUGCUUGGAAGAAGACAGUAAAACCGCACCAGAACUCAAAGAAACAUGCCAAAGAUGGGGAAACCAAGGGUUCGCCGAGUACUGUAAUUCCCUCAGAAAAAUCGCCGACCGACAGCUAGAAAAUGCCUCCGAUGAUGCCAUCACGAAAGCUGAAGCAACGUUCCUGCAAGUUCUCGAAUAUGAAGUUGAGUUCUGGAAUAUGAGCCAUGGAGGAACCUGAACCUCUUUUCCCCUAGAAGUGAAUAGAAAUUAGCUUGUAAAAUCUCUGAGAGUUGGUUGCAUGCUUUGCCUUUGGGAUCUUGAAAGCAUUAUGAUAUCGUAAGCAUUAUUAGUA